UAAAAUUCAAGUGUCAGCCGUGAGAGAGUCAAUCAGAACUCUUUUAGCGGAAUCUAAAGAAAAAAAUCGAAAAUUUACUGAAACCGUCGAAUUGCAAAUUGGAUUGAAAAAUUAUGAUCCACAAAGAGAUAAACGUUUUAGUGGAACUAUUAAACUUCCCAAUGUCCCGCGUCCCAAAAUGUCUGUGGCUAUUCUUGGUGAUGCUCAUGAUUGUGAUCGUGCCAAAGAGAUUCAACUAGAAUUUUUAAGUGUUGACGAUCUUAAGAAGCUUAAUAAAAACAAGAAACUGAUCAAAAAACUCGCUAAAAAAUAUGAUGCAUUUUUAGCAAGUGAAGCUUUGAUUAAACAAAUUCCAAGAUUAUUAGGCCCUGGAUUGCAUAAGGCCGGUAAAUUUCCGACUCCGGUUAAUCAUAACGAUGAUUUGAAUGCCAAGGCUGAGGAAUUACGUUCGACGAUCAAAUUCCAACUUAAAAAAGUUCUUUGUCUUGGCGUAGCAGUUGGCCAUGUUCAGAUGAGCGAAGACGAAUUGCUUGCUAACAUUAUGAUGAGCAUUAAUUUUUUAGUCUCUUUACUCAAGAAGCAUUGGCAAAAUAUUAAAAGUUUGUACAUUAAAUCAUCAAUGGGUAAACCUCAACGUUUAUAUUGA